GCAGAGUUGCCCUUGGAGCAGGUCGCAUGUUCCUUCCAGGCUAAAAAGUAUCUACGACACAAGUCCGCAGGAACCCAGGAAGCACCGAAUGAACACUCCAUAGAAAUACGAGCGCCCAGGGGACGAGGUUGCGUGGAAAUUGCCAUCAACGUGCCUCUUGCUCUCCCAAUCCGGUUUCUCAUCGCCAGCCACGCAGCCGCAGGCUCCAUAAGAGUAUUUGUUGUCUGGGCAGACUUGGGGUGCGCCGGCAUCAGAUGCCAGUGAUUGGAGAAGGUUUGGCACCAGGCCCUGGCCACCAACUUAGUAAGAGAGCCGCAGAUGUGCCUUCAACGUGCGGUCGUCGAUGUGGUGCGUGGAAAAGGCACCGUUCCUUCCGCGAUGUGCAGACGCAGCUGAGAAAAUGGGCUUGGAUGGACACCCGCUGACCGCCAUUCAUGGCGCCUCCCACUGGGCUUUGUGUAACCCCCGACAAUGUCCAAACUCGCUCGCGUA